ACUGCAAUUCCAUGACAAAAAAUGGGCAAACUCCAUCUGCAGAUGAAGACCAAAUGAUAUGAUUGAAAGUUCCAGAAGUUGCAUUGCUGUUUCUUAAGACGAUGACAGCGGACGCCGGCUUGCCCAUUUAGCACAAUGACAGAAAAAUCAUAUAAAGUUCAGAUUUAUAAACUGUACAACAUUAUUUAAUUUGAGGAGAUAAAUUUCGGUUAUUUCGGCUGGUAAACGUGAAACUCUUUCAUAAUUUUGGUGCCAGAUUGAAGAGUUUUAGGGGGAACCACGCCGAGACGCUCCUUUGUUGACAUGUAACUACGUCACAAUGGCGGCUGCUGAAUGUAUCGACGAGAAUGUUGUGUCGCUUCAUCUGGAGGGACGAGGGCCGCUUAAGUGACCUCAAAUUUGACUUCAAUAAUGGAUAAUCGCUCACAGUAAAACUGUCAACCACUACGAAGUGGAUGGACUUCUUUCUCAGUGGUUGUAUCGUCAAAAUGGCAAAUGAUGAGAGGAGAGAACAACAAACAAGGAAAAGCAUCGACUAACCAAAUGAUAAGUUAUUUGAAUUAAUCUCUGUUACAAGAAUAGUUCUUUGACUGAUUUAAAAUAGAAUUAACACAGAAAGUAAUACGGUGAUUUUUUUUUUCUUCUCUUAGUUCAGCAUCAUCUUGCUCCAAACCUUUUUUAGAUUCCACACCUUUUUAGAUUAUCUUCUAGUGACAGAGAGGGUACAAAGAAGAACAUUCAGCCCGCUGUGUUUUAGUCAAACUGGGACAAGCUGAGGCUGCAGGGUCCGUGGGAAAGGAUAAUCAUGCAGUGAAGCUCCUCGAGAAGUCCUUUCGUGUAUGAAGCCGCUGUGUAGCCAUCUCAGGUGAUGUUGCAGUGGUGGAAGAUAAAGAAAUAAUUGUCCAAAUAAUGCAAAAUGUACAACAGAGUAGAAAAGCUGCACCUUUCAAUCCUAAAACAAAUCCUGCACACUUCAGUUGAAUUUGAGGGGCUUCAUAAUGAACAGGGACCCUCUCUGGACAUCUAUAUGAACACUUGAGAACGACCACCCAGGGGGACACCAAAGCAGUGCGUGAGGAAGUGGAAACGCGACAAGCGAACCAGCAUCCAAGCUAGGCUAAAGGCUAACCCCAGUUGACCAGCUCUCCCGUCACUCUCCUGCUGCCAACUUCACAUGAAAACAUGAUUUCUGUGUUAAGUUGGUAUGUUUAAUGAUCUGUAGGUGAACCUACAGCACACCGCUCUCAUACGUCCAUGUUGUCCCACAGGCUCAUAUUGGUUAAGACCUGCCCUCUUGGAGUCUGGCAACCAAACAAAGUGAUAAAUGAUAACUUGUGAAUGUGACCUUAGGAAUAAAUGAUUAAGAAAAAUUAUGUUUGUUGUCUUUUUAUUAGAAUUGCAUUGUGUCUAGGCUCUGUGGUCUUUAGUGUCACUAUCAAUUAGCACUAGAAGUCUAAUGUAAAACUCCUCCUGUAUCAUAUUAUGGGGUUUGCAAAGGCUUCAUACAGUAUACAGCAAUUUGUGUCAACAACACAGAGCAUUUGGUCUACAGCUGAGCACUUUUGCAUUGACAUCUAUAACCUGUUGUUGCCAUGACUGCCUUCUGGCUUAAGAGGGAUUCAUUUGAUUUGUUGGUUCAUAUUGAAGAUGACAAACUAUCUUUACUUCAUACCCUCACAUAUGCACACAUACAUGAGAACCAUAAAUGUAUAUCAGUAGACUGGCAGUGACUUCUCAUUAUACUGUAUGUGCUUUCUAUAUCCGUCAAAACUCACUUUAUCCCUGACUGGCCACAGUAGCUGUUGUUUUUCCACCUUUCAGUUUUACAUUCAUUCCAUUGAUUUUGAAAAUACCUCUGAUUUAUAAACGGUGAUGGCUAAGCUACAUUUUACCGAGCGAGAACAAGUCGCCGAGCGCCAUCGACAGAGCCUUUGAUCUCUCGGCUCUGUGGAUGAGCUGCCCCUGUACUCCUCCUGCUCAUCCUCCUCCUCCUCUCCCACGUCCUGCACUGCUGCUGCCUAUUAUUUCCGUUGUGUAAUUGAGAUGCAGAAACAUUGACAGAACUCAUUUACCGCGAUGGAGAACUGUGUAAUGUGGAAGGGAACACAGAUUAUUACAUCAACGCACACACAGACACACACGUGUUAGUAAAAGAGAAUGUAAUUUGGCACCAUGUUUGAAGAGCUUCUUCAAUUGUUCUGCGAGGAUUUGUACCCAUGGUCUCAUAUAGCCAGGGAGGCAGAGGAGUUGCACUGCUGACAGGACAGCUGGCGCUGAGGACAGCGAUGGCCGAGCGGAUGUCGAAGUCGCUGUGGAUUGAACGGAUGGAUGCUUCAAGCACCACUGACAUCUUGUUUUUGAUGUUGAGUCCCAACUGUAGCGGAGGGUUUGGAGACCGGAGCUGGCACCUGGACGGACGGACGGAACGGACGGAGAGGGAGAGAAAGAGAGACACUACACAGCGCAGUUUGGACUCGUCUCCACCGGCGACUUAUGGGCCUGAAGAUGAAUUCAAAAUGGACAAGACUGAUGAAGAGGAGCAUCUGCGGGAUGAUGGGCUUUCUCUUGAUGGUCAAGACGCAGACUAUCUGCUCAAUGAUGAUGAGGAUGGAAGAGAUCGCUAUAGCUGCCAAAACUCUCCACUCAGCAAUGGCACUAACCCAGACGCUGGGUACGCCUCUCCACUCAGCACUACCAGCGAUCAGCUGGUGGAUCUUAAGACAACAUCCUCCCUCAGUGAUGGUCAAGAAAAGGUAGAAGUGAAGUUAGGAGAGAGCACAGAGUCUAUCAAUGGCCUCUCGCUGCAGGACAGUUUGGCAAAAAUGAAAGCCGUCUAUGCAAACCUGAUCUCUGACGCCUCCUGGUCCAGCAUUGCACUUGACAUGCUGAAAAGUAAACAAGGGAACAACAUCGCAGCUAGCAACAAUAACAACAAUGGGAGCAAUCACAAAGAGAGCAAUGGAUUCCUGAACAGUCACAGCCAGGGUAACAUCCUAUUGAAGAACAAAUGUAGCACUAGCAAUGCCUCAGCUACUACUGAUAUUACCACCAGCAGUACCACCACAAGAACAGUGUCAAGCAACAGCAACAGUGGCACCAGUGUAAGCUCUGGCAACACGGGAGGAUUAGCCUAUGACUGGCACCAGGCAGCAUUGGCCAAAACUCUACAGCACACUCCAUACCAACUCCUUCCUGAACCUAGCCUUUUCAGCACCGUGCAGCUUUACAGGCAGAACAAUAAGCUCUAUGGACCUGUGUUCACGGGUGCCAGCAAGUUCAGGUGCAAGGACUGUAGUGCAGCCUAUGACACUUUGGUGGGCCUGACAGUACAUAUGAAUGAGACGGGCCACUACCGUGACGACAAUAAGGAUACCGAGGAUGAUCGAGGCAAGAAGUGGUCCAAGCCACGCAAACGUUCUCUGCUGGAGAUGGAAGGCAAGGAAGACGCCCAGAAAGUUCUGAAAUGUAUGUACUGUGGCCACUCUUUUGAAUCCUUGCAAGACCUUAGUGUUCAUAUGAUCAAAACAAAACACUAUCAGAAAGUGCCUCUAAAAGAACCAAUGCCAGCCCUCACCUCAAAGCUAGUGCCCCCAACCAAAAAAAGAGCAUUUCAAGACUUGAUGUCCCCAAGCUCCCCAGAGUCUGUCUCAUCUGGCAUACUCCUGGGAGAGACCCCCAAAGACCAAAAAUUGGCCAAUCCCUAUGUUACUCCUAACAAUCGAUAUGGUUACCAAAAUGGUGCCAGUUAUACUUGGCAGUUUGAGGCGCGCAAGGCACAAAUUCUCAAAUGCAUGGAAUGUGGCAGUUCACAUGACACCUUGCAACAACUGACAGCCCACAUGAUGGUCACAGGACACUUUCUUAAAGUAACCAAUUCAGCCUCUAAAAAGGGUAAGCAGUUAGUUUUUGAUCCUGUUAUCGAGGAAAAAAUUCAGUCGAUUCCUCUGCCACCGACUACCACAAGACUUCCAGCUCCCAAUGGGAAGUCACAGCCUGAUUCCCCGUUGCAGCCGGCUAGCCCUGAAGAGAACAAAGAAGAAAAGGAUGAAGAGGCAGAAGAAGAGAAUAUAGAAACAAUAGAACCAGAGAAAAAAAUAAAAGAAGAGAGGGAAGACCCUGAAAAAUCUGACAAACCUGGAAAGGCUAGAUCCUACCAAUAUCUGAGAGAGGAAGACUUGGAGGAGACACCUAAAGGAGGCCUGGACAUCUUAAAGUCUUUAGAGAACACAGUUUCAAGUGCAAUCAGCAAGGCCCAGACAGGCACACCAACCUGGGGUGGAUACCCCAGCAUUCAUGCUGCCUAUCAGCUCCAUGGGUCUUUGAAGUCAACUCUGCCUUUGUGUGCGCAAGUUCAGCCUUUAUUCAGCAGCAACAGUUUGAAGAUGAUGUCCUCUGAUUUAGGGGCUCUGAUCCAUUCACCAAAUAGCCCCUCUCCACCUCCAAGCCACAAGAACAAUGUGCUGGCCAUGGAGAAGCUCGUGGAAAAAGUGACAGGGAAAAGUUCAGUAAAGAAUGAAAAAGAGGAAAAACCCUUAGAGAAUAAGGGCAGGUCUGCAAAGUCUCCAUUGCCAAAUGCUAAGGACAAACAGGCUUCACCCAAUCCAGAAAAGCUAUCAAAGACAGUGAAAAGCACUGCAGUAGAGGACCAGCCUGAGUCAAGAGGCAAAGAAGGCGAGCAAAUGGAGAGUAAAGUAGAUACACAGAUAAAAAGUGAAGUUGAUUCACCAAAUAAGCCUGUAAGCAACGGCUGCAAUAACCUGAGUAUCAUCACUGAUCACUCGCCUGAACAACCACUUGUCAACCCUCUCAGCGCUUUGCAGUCUAUCAUGAACAACCACUUGGGGAAAGCUUCAAAAGUGGCUACCCCCUUUGUAGACCCCUUUGCGAUGCUUUAUAAGAUCAACAGCAACUCUGCUCAGAAUAAGCAAGCAGAGCCUGCAAGUCAGUACCACAAUGAUGAUGAUGAUCAGCCAAUGGACUUGACGAAAUCCAAAAACAGCAAUGGAAGUACAGCUAAGAGUACUUCUACUACACCAAACAACAGCAAACCAGUUUUCAAAAAUUUCUCUCAGUCUUCAUCUCCGCCUCUACGAGAGAAUGCAUUGAUGGAUAUUUCAGACAUGGUUAAAAAUCUGACUGGCCGUUUGACACCAAAGUCUACAACCCCAUCUUCCAUCUCUGAAAAAUCUGAAAUUGAUGGCUGUACUUUUGAGGACAGCUUGGAGGAGCUGUCUCCCAUCCAAAGACGGAAAGGCCGUCAGUCAAACUGGAAUCCCCAGCACCUCCUGAUUCUUCAGGCCCAGUUUGUCUCUAGUCUUAGAGAGACUCCUGAGGGAAAGUUUGUAAUUAGUGACUUGGGACCCCAGGAACGGGUCCACAUCUGUAAAUUCACUGGUCUCUCCAUGACUACUAUCUCACAUUGGCUGGCCAAUGUAAAAUACCAGUUAAAGCGGACAGGGGGCACAAAGUUCCUAAAAAAUAUUGACUCUGGCCAACCUCUGUUUUUGUGCAGUGACUGUGCGUCCCAGUUCAGGACUCCCUCCUCCUACAUUCACCAUUUGGAGUCCCACCUUGGGUUCACCCUAAAGGACCUCUCAAAGCUUUCCAUAGAUUUAAUAGAGCAGCAGGCCGUCAGCAGAAUAGAGGACAAUACUUUCAGUUCCUCUGGACUUACAGAGGAAGACACUGGCUCAAUAUAUCAGUGCAAACUGUGCAAUCGGACCUUUGUGAGCAAACAUGCAAUCAAAUUGCACCUUUGCAAAACACAUGGAAAGUCACCAGAGGACCAUCUCAUCUUUGUGAAAGAGGUGGAAAAGUUUGAUAAACAAUGAAGUCAGAUAAAGCUGAUAGCAUGACAGAUUACUGUUGCACUAUAACUCCAAGCUUCAAUCUGUCAUAACAGAUAGUGCCACAACUGUAUUAAGCAUUGUUACGACAUAUAUUAUAAUGAAAACAUGGUAGCUUUAAUACCACAUACUGUAAUUAUCAGUUAUCCACAAUGGCAGGAGCUUGCACUGCAGAGGCUUAAAGCUACAAUGUAAAAGUUGAAUCUUUGGUGACAUAAACGUACCAAAAUGGUGCAGCAGCCAUGGCACUAUGUAGUCACUGACUGAUUGUUGCUUUCUUAAUGCACUGCAUCUUUUCUGAGCCUUUGGGAAUAGUCCAUCUGUUGUUUUAAAACUGGUCCAUGCUCUUACUUUGAUCACUGUUUUUGAAUGAUUUUUUAAAAAAUAUAUAUAUAUAUAUUUCAACACAACUUGCAUAUUAUUUAUGAGACAGUUUGUGUGCAUGUUUUUAUGUAAAGCAGUGAGCAUAUGUUCAAUGAAAUUACAUCCAUGUUGACAAAAUUGAUAUCCCUGUCUUACAAAUUUUGGAUGCAGUUUAUAUGAAGGUAAUAGCAGCCAUUUGAAGGAUGGAGCUCUAAAAUGAUAAGAUGAUUUCAGCACUUUAAGCAAGUGUAAAUUGAUGAAGAAGUGUGGGGUAAAAAUAACAACACAUUACCAUUUUGAGUUUUAAUUCCCCCAAUCGACAUGGUAAUUUGGGGGAAUAACUGUGAUAUUGUUUUGUAUUUGCCAUUAAAUAGCAGAAAUUCGAAAUGUUUAGAAUCUUUGUUUCUCUAGUAAAAUAUAAUUUCCUGGUUGUUUCAACAUGUACAGUAUUUGCGUUAGUAGGCUACCAAUUUUAUUAUUGUGAAGCUACAGUUGUAAAAUUAAUGAAGUUUAAAACUUAUUGUAUGAAUAAUCAGCAAGUAUGUAUACAUGUAUGUCAGCAUAUCUUGCUCUUUACAGUUCAACAUUAUUUGUACUGUGUGCAUUUUUAUAAUGUUAUUUUCUAGACAAAUAUGGGGGAAAAUGUACAAAGCUACAGAGUAUUGUCGGACCGCAAUGUUCUUUUUUCAAGUAAAAAGUCGGUCCCUCAUUGUGGUUUACAUAAAAUGACAGAACUCAACUGGCAUCUGCUCUGAUGCAUGGUACUGUACAUAACAUUGAAAAAAAAUAAAUUCUCACGCAAUGAUAGAUUUCCAGGUUUUAUCGUCAACCCAAUUAUUCAGAAUGGCAUUCUUUUAUCUUCAGUUGUAAAAUAAACUCCAUGU